CAACCAGCACGAAGAAUGUCUGAGUCGGCUGAGCUGCAUGCCAUUCUUCGAAGAAUGAACGAAAGUCAUCUUGGGAAAGAUGUGUCAAGGUUGAUGAAAAUAUGGAACUUUAUACACCUCAUCUUGAGCUACCCCAUGAGAAUUGGGUAUGAACACCUUCUGCGGCAAUGGAUCAAUGAUGUCUAUAAUUCACUGGAGAUGGAACUGCUUAGUUUUGAUAGUUUGAGGAGAAGUGUUCAACAUCUUCUUUAGGCAAGCCCACUGAGAUAUGUACAGGUACUUAUACCACGGGGGAUAACAGAAGAGAUCAUAAGUGGUGGUAGCGUCAGCAAGGAGACACCCCUCAAACAUGUUCCCCACCCUAUUCUCCUCUUAGCUACUGAUCUUGCUGUCCAUCAACUGAACCACAGUUUAACUUCAGAUGACAAGAUUCAAAACAUAUGGUUUUCAGCCAGAAAUGAUGCAGAAAAACGAACUGUUGUGGAAAAAAUACAAGCACAUUCUCAAAUACGUGCAACAUUUGAUGAUCUUCAAAUCGUUGAUCUUAAUCACAUUGAUGAGCAGAUCAAAAGAGAGUUAGUGCUCUCAAAUCCUCCAACAUGGCACCACCAAACUACCAGUACAGAGUCAUCGACAAAGAGUUACAAACGAAGCAGACAUUUAGUGCUUAUGGUGGAUGGGGAUGAUGACAAAAAAUUAGACCCCCAAAAGGUGAGUUUACCAAUUAAAAGGGAUUCUGAAGAUGUCGUGGUUUUUAUAACAACAUUACCAUCAGCACGGCAAAAUUAUGAAUCGAGCGAGAAAGUGGAUCUGACAAUCAAGACAGAGGAUCAUCUGUUGCCUUGGGUGUUCUUCUGCAAGAAUGUUGGCAAUGAGUUUCUACACUCAUCUACUGCCAUCCAAAGAAUUGCAGUGCAAAUUGUGGAGAAAUGUGGUGGCCAUCUUCUUGCCAUUGUUCUGACGGCAAAGUCACUGAAAGGGGUGAAAGAUGUUCAAAUCUGGGAACUUGCAUUGAAAAAUCUGUGUUAUCAUGAUCGUGAACCAAUAGUGAAUGCAUUCUUCAACAUCAUAUGGGCAAAUGUAACUUCUGAGAGAGAAAAGGUUCGUCUUGUAAGGUGUUUAAUGGUCUUCGAAUCCCAAGAUUUGAUGAUAAGUGAUGAUCAUUUGUUUACUUGCUGGUUUUCUCAACAGUUAAUAGGCUCGAAGAAAGAAGCAAAAAGUAUCUUACAAAAUUUCAUGGAAUGUUUUGUCUUGUUGCAAUUUGAAGACACCCUUGGUCGGUAUAUCCUAUUGCCUGAGGAUAUUAAAAUUAUCUUACGGGCAUUCGGAGGGAACAUUCCUAAGAGCUUGAGUGAAGGAGUAUUGGCAUCAGCAAUUUCAAACCUCCAAGUUCCAAACUUAUCCAACACUCACAUACAAAAUUUAUAUGCUCCAAAUACCCUGCCGCCCCAACUUAAAGAAUUGAAUUUGGAAGGCUGUAUGUUUGAAACACUGCCAGAAGCAGAACCCCAGAAGCUUGAAGCUUUGUCUUUGGAAAACUAUUCGCAAUUGCUGGAACUGCCACCAGAGAUUAAUAAACUUGAGAAUGUUAAAAAAUUGAUGUUGGCCGGGUGUAAGCGAUUGGAGACACUACCACAAAUUUGGGAACUCCAAGAUCUUGAGGUGUGCGAUCUUUCUGACACUUUGAUUACACAUCUUCCCCGGUUCACAAAUCUUCCCAAACUAAGAAUUUUAUUGUUGAGAGACAACGACCUUAAUUUGAUGACAAUUCCAUCCUCAUUUUUUAAUCAUGUGCCUCUGCUUAGCAUCCUCGACUUGUCAUGCACGAGCAUACAUGAACUCCCAAGCUCACUUUUCAACCUACAGGAGCUUAGAGAAUUUUAUCUGAACCAUUGUGAGCUUUUUUUGGAACUUCCCGCAGAGAUUAAGCGACUCAAAAAUCUCACAACACUUGAUCUUGAUGGCACACUGAUCACACAUUUGCCAAAAGAGAUAGAAGAGUUGACCAAUUUGGAAAGUAUAUCUCUUUCUUUUUAUAAUGAUGAUUCUAGCUUUGCAGUGGUUCCUCUUGAUGUUCUAUCCAAACUCACUCAUUUGAAAGUACUAAAGAUUGGUAUUAACUCAGAUAAUGAAUGGUGGUUCAACAAUGUUGAACACAUUCUUGCAGAAAUCAAUGGAUUAAAAUUGUUGCAGGCAUUGGAUAUAUAUAUUCCAAGAGUUAAUUUCUUGAAUCCCAUAAAAAGGCAUCUAUCUAAUUUUAGACUCGUUAUUGGCUAUCACAAGCCAAGAAUGAUAUCACGUGUACCGCCGUCUUUUGAGGUGAUAUUCAAAGAAAGUUGUCCUAGGUUAAAGUUUGUAAAUGGUCAAGAUUUUUCUGAUGAAGUAAAGUUCAUUCUCUCUAAAUCCUGGGCAUUUUUCUUGGACCGCCAUAUGAAAAUCAACAAUCUCGCUCAAUUUGGGUUGAAGAAUUUGAAGAAGUUACGAUUAUGCAUUUUGGCAUAAUGUAAUGAAAUGCAAAGCAUUGGAGAUGAGGACGAAUACGGAGCAGGCUCAGAUCAUAAUGCAUCUUUUUGCCUGCAAUUCUUGACUAUAUUCUGCAUGAAAAAUCUAAGGAGAAUCAUUUACAGGCCAGUUCUUGCCAAUUUCAUUUUUCAUAAACUAAAGUUGUUGACAUUGCACACUUGCCCUGAGUUAACUACCUUAUUCACCAUGGAUUCCUUACGUAGUCUUGCCAACUUGGAAGAGCUUAUAGUUGAAGACUGUCCCAAAGUAAGUAGCAUCAUAAGUUGUCCAUCCUUCCAAGAGCGAACAAUGAACAUUUUCCUCCCAAGAUUGAGGAAAUUGUCACUUCUCUUCGUACCUGAACUAACUAGCAUUUCAAAUGGAGUGUGUAUUGGGAGAAAUUUAGAGCAGAUGGGAUUUUACUACUGCCCAAAACUCCAAAGUCUUUCCAUUGCAGAAUUGUCAUCAAAAAGCUAAAGGUGAUAAGAGGAGAAAUAGAAUGGUGGAAAGCUCUUAAAUGGAGUGAAGCAGAGUGGGGACAAGAUUCGCUUCAUAAAUUCAAGAAUAUCUUUUCUCCAGUUGAUGAGGACCUUGACAUCCUCACACAAUUGACUGCAUAUUUGCUGACAUCUUUCAAUAAAGAAAAUGAUUUAGGAGAGGACGAAUUCUCAAGUGAAGAAAAUGAUUCAGGUAUGCAUGCUGAAGUUCCUUGAUGCAUCCGUUUGUUUCUCGAGGUAACUUGAAUUCUCAGUUCAAACAAAUGCAGAGGAUUCAAGUGAAGCAUGCCUUGUAGAAGACUCUCUAUUAUGUAGAAACUCGCUGAAGAUUGAUACAAAAUUGAGUGUAGGUUGGUGUGCUUUGGGUUUGUAAUUUGUAUUACCAAACAAAGAGAAACUCUAGUUGGGAUACUUGUAUAGCUGCAUCAUAUUGAAACAGACCUUAAACUUUAUCCUAUAAAUUAAAAUCUUUACUUUUCAUGUUCA